GUCUGCCGCUGGCUGAUGCUGAUCUCUCGACCUGGACACCUUUCUAACGAAGCAAGCCAUGCCCAGGCACAGGCACGCAGACGCUCUACACUACACUACACGCCACCACACCACACGCAUCUCCCACCGUUCACGCGGGCCUCAUCCGAUGGCCCGCGUCUCGCCAUCGGCCCGGCCCCCCCUCGUUAUAAAUUCCUCGCCCCACCACGCCCACCUCCCUGCUCGGCCGCUUCGCUUGCCUCCGUUUCGCUAGCUGCCGCGGACGCCGCACAAGCAGCAGCGGUCGAGGAGACGAGGACACGGGAAGGGUGCGGCACUUGGCUCGUGCUGGGUUCGGGGGGGAGGAGCGCUGGAACCGCGGGCGAGGAGGAGGAGAAGAGUACGGCGGGGAGCAGAUCGAUGGGGUACGCGCGGACGGUGAAGGCGGCGGCGGCGGCCGCCGCGGCGCUGCUGACGGCCGUGGGCGUGCGGUUCCUGGGCCCCGCGGCGGCGGCGUUCGUGGCGGAGGAGCUGCCGCGCGCCCGCGCCGUGGCCGCCACCUGGCUCACGCCGCCGUACCUGUACCUCGUCAUCAACGCCAUCAUCAUCUCCAUCGCCGCAUCGUCGCGCUUCCAGCCGAGCGGCGGCGGCGGCGGCGGACGUCCGUCGGCACCUUCGUAUGCCCCCGCCGCCGACGCCGACGCCAUCGGAGGAGGAGGAGGAGUAGCGGGGGAGGAGAUGGUGCGGGAUGGGAUCCAGCCGGCGGUUGCGUUGCAGGUGCCUGCGGUGGUGCCCCUGGUGGCAGUGAAGGCCGCGGAGGUCGCUCCUGUCGAGGAGCCUGUGGUGGAGAUCCACACUGUAGCGGUGGCGCCGGCGCCGGCGCCGGAAGACGAGGUGGACGAGGACUUUUCGAUUUCGAGGUCGACCUGGACGCCGCGUCGGAGGGGCGCGGAGCCGGAGGUGGCCGCGGAUGUGGAGACUGAGGUGCCGCCGUUCGCGGACCUGACCAACUCCAGGGAGAAGCCGCUGGUCUCGGCGAGGUUCAGCAGGAAGGCCGCCAAACCAAGCCCCGAAGGUAGCAGGGCUCUGCGGGUAGCGCGGCCGCGGAAGGAGGAGACGCUGGAGAGCACGUGGAAGGCCAUCACGGAGGGCCGGGGCCCGCCGCUAGCUCGGCACCUCAAGAAGUCCGACACCUGGGACACCCGCCCGGGGCGCCGUCCGUCCGGCGGCGGCAGCAGCGGGGAGGUCGAUCCAGCGGCCGUCGCCCCGGCGGGGGCGGCGAUGCGGAAGGCCGAGACUUUCAACGACGCUGGUGGCGCUGGAAGGAGCAAGGCGGCGCCUCCCGUGCCGGUGCGGCGGGAGCCGUCGCUGGGGCAGGACGAGCUGAACCGCCGCGUGGAGGCGUUCAUCCACAAGUUCAACAUGGAGAUGCGGCUGCAGCGGCAAGAGUCGCUCAAGCACUACAACGACAUGCUUGGCAGGGGCAGCCGUUACUGAAAGACUUGCUGCAAAUAUAGCGAGCUGCGGCUCGCAAGAAGGGUUCUGCCUUGUUUUUGUUCCGUGAUCGUUCUCGAUUUUAGUUCUUCGUCUCUGUAAGAUAUGGUUUUGUCAAGUAACUCGUAAAUGGUUUUGUCAAGUAAACAAGGUGAUAGUGAUAGAUUUUGCACAAGAGAAAGGACAAGUUUGAUUGUACUUGGUAGCAGUGACAGGUGCUGGUUACUGAUGCCCGAACAUCCCCAAACCUCUUUUUGGGUACUCUAGUUGCUGCUCGUCGCAUCCUAUUUCGUUGGUUC